UGAUAAUCGCGUAGAAUAACACUGGAUUAAUUUAAUUUAGGUCGAUUUUCACUAAAUAUUUUAUGGUAGGUCGAUUUGCUAAUCACUGAGAAACUUGCGCCCGAAUCAACCUCCAUUUUCACAUUUUUGUCAUUGAGUAGCACGUCUACUAAAUAUUUACCGGUAAUGCUAUCAGACGUCACGUUAAAUAACGAAAAAUUAUAGUCGCUACUUUGAUAACAAACACUUUGAGUAUUUGAUGUCGAUUCCUCGGUAGUCUGAUGCACUUUGCGUCUUUGAUUUUGGUCUUUCUUCUUACCAAAACAAGUUAUUUCAAUGUGUCUAAUUUUCAUGCAAAAUGUACAGGUUGAUUUAAUGUGUUCACAAUGUUCAGGAGAAUGUUCCUUUUCGCACCGAAAACACUUUUUCCGUUCGCGAUCAGCUGAUUUUUGUUUUGAUUGUCCUGGCUGAUUUCUACGAAAACUUACUGCGUUCACCUCUGUGUUCAACUCACUCUCCCGUAACACCUGCAAACUUUGAACAGCCACUUCGUGUGCCAGGCACAUGUACUUGCGCGUCUUUAAGUUUUAACUUUUCUGUGGCGAGCAACUUUUGCUGUAAGGUCUCAUCAAGAAUCCCACAGACUAAUCUAUCUCGUAGCAUUGUGUCCAGGGCAGUUCCGAAACCACAUGGCUCUGCCAAUUUUCGCAAUUCUUUUAGAUACACAGAAAUUGUUUCACCAGUUUGCUGAUUUCGCCUAUAAAACUUAAAUCUGCAGACAAUUUCAGACGUUUUUGGCGCAAAAUGUUUUUUCAACUCUGCAGUGAUCUCUUCGUAGCUCGAAUCACUAACUUUUGCUGGUGCAACCAAAGACCUUAUAAUUUCAUAAGUAUUUGCCCCUCACAGACUCAGAAAUGUGGCUCUUUGUAGCCGGUCCAUUUAAAGGGAAAAUCGAGGUGUAUCCUUGUCCAUGGAGCUCUGGCCCACUCCCACGGAUGGAUUGGAGCCUUUUUUGGCUCAUUAGUAUUGAAAUUUUCUAUGCUUCCGUAAGCUGCCAUGUUUACUAACCUUGUCUUAUUAUAUCUCCGGGAUGAACAAAGCACUUAAAUUCCAUUUAUCCUCGCCGCCAGUUUAAAGUACAAGCCUGGGUUGACAUAAUAUCUAAUUAAUACAACAGUAAUUUGGAAUUACUACCCAUUUAUUAAACGUAGGUACAUAUUACGUAAAUAUAACUAAUUACAUGUAAACAACCAUUCAUGAGGACGACAUGCUCAUAUGAAAAUAGUUCGCACAUGCUUGUAAAUAAUUCUUCGUUGCGCGCGCCCGACGCAGUUAAUAGUCCGAGAGCUGGAUACAUUACAAUAUUUGAGAAGGAGCAUAAAUCAAUUAUUAUUAACGAAGUUAUCACCUAACUUUAUCCGCAAAAAUCUGAAUGCCACCUCUCACAUCCACCUAAAAACAGAUCCUUACUAGGCUAUCUCUUUUCUUGUCUAAGUGGUUAAUUACUGAACUCUACAAAAGCACAUGGCGUUUUUCUUAUUUUCUAAUUUCCCAGUUUAUCCACUGUGUUGAUACUUUAAACAACAGAUUCUUUGUGUUUGGUAUCUGAUUUUCUGGGCCUUCAAAGGAUCUGGCUGAAUAGAAGAGGUGGAUUUCAUUACUGAAGUAAGAAAAUAUAGUGAAGAAAAACACCUGAAUUUAUUUCCCGUGGGGGACGGCUUACAAACUAUGCCACCAUGAUAAGUUCUGUCGACAUGUCAUAUCCUCUCCACGUCGACCCUCCCAGCCUCUUCUGAUAACAAGGAUUGGCUAAGUGCCACGCUUUUUUUAAUAGUCUUUUUUUGCUUUGCUUUGCAACGGUGUGGGGUUCUGACGUCAUAAGUCUUGAAUGACGUAACCGGAUGUUUGUAGCAAAAAGAGCAUACGUCAUAUCUGUGGAAUGACAUUUGAACGACGUAUGUGUCACGUCAAAGUGGUCAAGGUCAAAUUAUGAAAUAAAAAUAAAACCAAUAAAAUUUGUAUUAGUUUAUUUUUUAUUUGAAGAGAAAAUGUAGAUUAAUUAAUAAAAAGACAAUUAAAUAAUUUGUAUUUAUUAAAAGUUAUAUAUGGUUAAGCUCCAGCUCCAUACCUUUUAGUAGUGGGUUUUCCGGAAUAUUCGAUUAUUUAAAAAAGAACAAGCAAAAAUCAAAUUUGGAUUUCUAUUAAUAUGGAAAGAAAUGAGGGAAAUGAAGAUACAGUAAUAAAUAUAAAGGUUGAGAAUAGAGUUGUUGUCAAGCCUGAAUUCAUAAAAAAUGAACCUGUUCCAGUUUAUCUAAAUAAAUAUGUUGAUGACUAUUGGCAUGGAGGUUCUGAUAUUAGAUUGGACCAAAUUAAAACGGAAUUAUCAGAUGAACAAAACCAAGAUGAUUUAGCACAAUUCCAGUAUCUCAAUAGUGAUGUUGAUAAUAUAAAACCAGAGCAUACUGCUAAAGGAAGUCAAAGCAGUCAAGAUGAUGGCUUUAAAAUUGAAAUUAAAGAGGAGCCAAAUAGGGAAAGUAUACAUGAUACAUUUGAUGAUCCAGACUGUAAUAAACACUCAUUGAAACUUGAAAUAGAAGAAAGUGAAAUUAAACUUAUGCCAUAUGAAGAGAAACAAACAAACGAAACAGACUUUCCCCAAGAGAAGGACACUUUGGAAAUUAUGAAAACAGUAGAAGUACAUUCAUAUAAUAAACAACAACAUACGAAUCAUACUGCAGAAGAAAAAAUAUUCAAAUGUAAAAUUUGUAAGAGGAAGUUUAGCAGAAAAAAUAAUUUAAAUCGUCACAUGAAUAUUCAUACUAGGGAAAAACCUUACACGUGUCGCAUUUGUUUUAAGCAGUUUUCUCAGGAAAAUAUUUUGAAAAUUCAUUCGAAAAUGCAUACUGAACAAAAUACUUACAGCUGUGAAAUUUGUUCUAUGCAAUUUGGUCGAGAGGGAAAUUUGAGAAUUCAUUUAAGAGUACACACUGGAGAAAAGCCGUAUAAGUGCGAAAUUUGUAGUAAGCGGUUUAGUGCAGUAGGAAGUUUGAACAUCCAUUCAAGGCUACAUACUGGACAAAAGCCGUACAAGUGUAAAAUUUGUUCUAAGCAGUUUACUCGACUAGAUAAGUUAAAACAACAUAUGCCAAUACACAGUGGAGGAACAAAUAACAAGUGUGAAAUUUGCUUUAAGAAGUUUUCUCGAGAAUGUGGUAUGAAACAACAUAUGAAAAUACAUACAGGAGAAGAAACUUACCAGUGUGAAAUCUGUUUUAAGCAAUUAAGUUCAGCAGUAAGUUUAAAGGGUCAUUUAAGACUACACGCUGAAGAUAAGCCGUACAAAUGUGAAAUUUGUUUUAAACAGUUUCCUCAUGCAAAUAAUUUGAAGCAACAUAUUAAAUAUCACGAUGAAGAUAAACCUUCCAAGUGUGAAAUUUGUUUCAAGCAGUUUUCUCGAGAAUAUAAUAUGAAACAGCAUAUGAGAAGACACAAACUAGAAAAAAUUUACGAGUGUGAAGUUUGUUUUAAGCGAUUUACUGAAGCAAAAGCUUUAAAAGGUCAUUUGAGAAUACACACUGGCGAAAAGCCUUACAAGUGUGAAAUUUGUUUUAAGCAGUUUACUCAGCAAUGUGGUUUAAAGAUGCAUUCGAUGAUACACACUGGAGAAAAAUCUUACAAGUGUGAAAUGUGUUUUAAACAAUUUAGAACAGCAGGAAGUUUAAAGGUACAUUUUAGAGUACACACUGGAGAGAAGCCUUACAAUUGCGAAAUUUGUUUUAAAUCGUUUGCCGCAGCACACCAUUUAAAAGAUCAUAUAAGAACGCACACUGGAGAAAAACCUUACAAGUGUGAAAUUUGUUUUAAGCAGUUUAAUGAAGCAGGGACUUUGAAAACACAUUUGAGAGUGCACACUGGAGAAAAACCUUACAAGUGUGAAAUUUGUUUUAAGCAGUUUACUAGAAUAAGUUCUUUGAAAAAACAUUUGCGAAGGCACACUGUAGAAAAUCCAUAGAAGUGUGAAAUUUGUUUUAAGCAGUCUACUCAUAAACAUCUUUGAAUAUAUGUACAUACGAAAGUUCACAUUUGAGAAAAACUUUACAAGUGUGAAAUUUUAAGUAGUUUAGUGUAGCAGGGACUUAAAAAGACCUUUGAGAACACAUACUGGUCAAAAACCUUACAAGUGUGAAAUUUGUGUUAAAGAAUUCUCUGAUCAAGAAAUUUAAAAUCUGGGGAAAAUCUUCCAUCUUUGUUGUUUUAGAUUGUUUCCUCGUAGUACUAUAUUUAUAUUAUAGUAGACUCCCUCUUUAACGAGAACUGAAAUGGCGGACAAUUACCUCGUUAUAAGCGGAUCUCGUUAUAUCAGACAACAAUAAUAUUGAUAUGUUUUGAUGUCACUUACGUAGUUUAUUAGGUAUCGAUGGUGAAAAAUGAGACUUCGUCAUCGUAAAUUGUAAAUUUUCUUUCCUACAAUAUUCAAUAUCGGUCGAUAAACAGAACUAAGUUUAUUACAGGCUGCGGAGUUUAUUAUAGCACUGGAAACAACAUAUGAAAAUACAUACAGGAGAAAAAACUUACCAGUGUGAACUCUGUUUUAAGCAAUUGAGUACGGCAGUAAGUUUAAAGGUUCAUUUAAGACUACACAGUAGAUAAACCUUCCAAGUGUGAAAUUUGUUUUAAGCAAGUGAAAUUGAAUUAAGAAUUGUCUUCUUGGUAAAAGGUAUAUUAGUUUAAAAAGCCCAAAAGGGCUACAAACAUAUGAACAAAACGUUUUCGCUCUGUAACAAGAGCAUCAUCAGUGUUACCUAAAAUAAGUAUCUAUCUAUCUAUCUAUUUGCCUUGCGACAUCCAAUAUUGGACAUAGGCCUCCCCUUCGCUCCUCCAUCUUUCUCUAUCCUGAGCCAUGUGCAUCAAUUUUGAGCCGGCUUGGAGUUUUAGGUCAUCUACCCAUCUCAUAUUGUGGUCUCCCUCUCUUUCGUUUAUAUGUCCAUGGUCUCCACUCUGUAAUAAUUUUAUUCCAUCUUUCCUCUUUUUGUCUAAUCGUAUGACCGGUGAAUUUCCAUUUUAGUUUAGCUGUUUGACGAGUAGCAUCUUUAACUUUUGUGAUAUUUCUUACCCAGGAAUUCCUUUUUCUAUCUGACAGUCUUACGUUGAUCAUUUGUCUUUCCAUUGCUCUUUGUGUUUUCGCAAAUCUGUCCAUAUUCGCUUUUGUGAACGUCCAUGUUUGACAUCCAUAUGUAAGGACCGAAAGAAUACAUUGGUCGUAGAUUUUCGUUUUUAGAUAUUGAGGGUAUUUUUUAUUCUUCAAUAUGAAGCUGAGCUUACCAAACGAGGCCCACGCUAACUUCGUUCGUCUCUUUAUUUCUGCUGUUUGGUUGUCUCUAUUCAAUUUUAUUAUUUGUCCCAAGUAUAUGUAUUCAUUCACUUCCUCUAUUUGGUUUUGUUUAACUACGAUUCUAACUCAUCUUCUUGAUUUGUUAUCACUUUUGUUUUGCUGUAAUUCAUAUUUAAUCCAACUUUACUGGCUUGUAAAAUA